ACGCAUGACGUAACGCAGAGGGUGAACAGGGAGGAGGUGUCCAUCUUAUUUACACCGGCACAGAUUCAUCAACUUCUGGCCUGUCGGAAUUUUCACGUUAUUAAAAAUUGAAAGCUGGGUCUUCAGAGAUGAGCAGUUCAGAAGAAGUGUCAUGGAUCUCCUGGUUCUGCGGACUGAGGGGGAAUGAAUUCUUCUGUGAGGUGGAUGAAGAUUACAUCCAGGACAAGUUCAACCUGACGGGGCUCAAUGAGCAGGUCCCCCACUACCGCCAGGCCUUAGACAUGAUCCUGGAUCUUGAACCAGACGAGGAGCUCGAGGACAACCCCAACCAGAGUGACCUGAUCGAGCAGGCAGCUGAGAUGCUGUACGGUCUCAUCCAUGCGCGCUACAUUCUCACUAACAGAGGCAUCGCACAGAUGUUGGAGAAAUAUCAACAGGGAGAUUUUGGCUACUGUCCCCGGGUGUAUUGUGAGAAUCAGCCUAUGCUUCCUAUCGGUCUGUCAGACAUCCCCGGAGAGGCCAUGGUGAAGCUGUACUGUCCUAAGUGUAUGGACGUUUACACACCCAAGUCCUCCAGGCACCACCACACAGAUGGAGCCUACUUUGGCACCGGCUUCCCCCACAUGCUCUUCAUGGUUCACCCUGAAUACAGGCCCAAGAGGCCCGCCAACCAGUUUGUCCCAAGGCUGUACGGGUUCAAGAUCCACCCCAUGGCGUACCAGCUGCAGCUGCAAGCCGCGUCCAGCUUCAAGAGCCCCGUCAAGGCCAUCCGCUAGAGCGCCGCGGCCAGAGGAGGAGGAGGAGAAAGAAGAAGAGGAAAAUUCAUAGAGAGGAAAGAAUUAUCAACAGAAGGGGAGGGGUCACCUGCACUUUACUAAGCUCUCCAGAUGCCCCCUCCCCGGCCUGAAGACUGUAUUAUUUUGGUUUAGAUUAGGACAAAUGAAAAAGUGUAAUGCUUUUUGAGUGUGAGAGAGAGAGAGAUAAAAAAAAGACGCACAGCCAUUAUCUUGAACACAAACACACACACACACACACACACAGUACAUAAACACACAAAUUCUGCCACACAUCUGGGAUACCAUGCACGUACCUUACCAAACUUCUCAGUGCCAAAAACAGGAGGGGAGAUAAAAGAAAAGCUGAAACAGAACAAGAGGAUUGACGCUGCUUCACUCACAUUACGAGCACACUGAUGACAAAUUCUAUAAUCAGUGAAAUUCUGGAGUCACUUUUUGCUUCUGGCUCUGUGUUUGGCACAGUUUGGUAAAAGGCGGUGGUAGAUCCGUUCUCCUCAAUACCAACCCUCCCCUUCCCCCUUUCUCCCUUCAAUGCAUGCACACUCUGGCUGGCACUCACAGAGACAGUUUGGACGUUGGCAGCGGAUGUUUUUUCAGUACGGUUGUAAGAUUUGGUUCCUCGUUUUGUCUGAAUUUUUUCCGAACAUUCUGUUGAAUUUGCCUUAAGAUUCAGAGAAAACACAGAUUGUUUGGGUUUUUUCCAGAGGCACAAACAAGCAUUUCUUUCUUUCCACUUCCUGCUGUCAAGAGGACAUCGAUUAUAGAUCAUUCUAACAUUUCAGAUAAUUGUAAUCUGCCCGUGUCAUUUUUCAACCUGUCUGUUGUGAAUGUGUCAAACGACCGUCUGUAAUGAAACCGAAAUGAAGAUGUAACCUGUGCUACAUUUUCAGAGCCCCCCCUCCUCUGUUUAUAGUGCCACCCCCCCUGUAGCUUUAUCUCCCUUCAAAUAAUGGUUUGGCGUGAUUGGAAAUACAUUUAUAUUUCAAAAGCAGUACGGAUAAAAGAUGACCUCAGGAAGAUCAUCGUGAGCUAGCACGAGCAGUCAGUUAGCUUCUCUUGCAUGUAGGUCAGAUAACGGUGAACAGCUAGCCUCUUUCUGUCUUAAAGUAGCAACAUCCUCGUACAUGCAACCUAAUUUAUCUUGUUGUUUUAGUGAGUACAACUAACAGACAAGUCACUGAACAGGGGAGGAAUACAUGCAGCUGUGAGUAGGCAACUUUCAUUAACACCACAUGAUGCUGCUUUUCUGUUUUUUUAAAUAACAUUAUUAAAGUAUACUUGAUAUGCUUAUGUUGUCAGGUUAGAGUUGAUGCUGGUAGCCACAGGAUAGCUUGUUUACAAACCAUGAGGAAGUGUAACAACAAUACGCUUUUUUGUAGGGUGUGUCUGCUAUACGACCUGUAGUGACCCCAGGAAGUCAGCCCUACCAGCUGACGAAUAGUUGAGUUUAAAAUCAUGAAAGAAAGCUUUUUUUUUUUGGUACUUGGUAAACAAAUAAGAUACAACAUCUUAAUAAGAUUGGGACAGCAUGGUAGGCUAGCUGUUCCCCCUGUAUCAUGUCUUUUUGUUAAGCUAAGCUAACCUACUGCUAGUAGUAAAUUUAGUAAAAAUAGAUGUAAGAGGUAGUUGAUGUUUUUUUAAUCUAUCCUUCUGCCCCAAAUGUCAAAGUAAAGAUCGAGGAGGAGACUCAGAAAAAGACAAUCUGAAUCAGCUCACUCCACCGCUGCACUGAUCCUGCUGGUGUCUCUCCACAGCACAGUCGUAUUAUUUAUGUUUCACAUUUAGACACAGACAGACAGACAGACAGACAGACAGACAGACAGCUGCUUCUUAGUUUUGUUUUUUCUCUCAGAGGGGCAGACACACACACACACACACACACACAGUUGUCCCACCUCCUUUCUCUCCCUUUUUACUUUAGCGUGACUGGAACAGGUUGUUGUUUUUUUGUUUUUUUUGGAUUUCAUGAUACAAGAGAAAAGGUAUUUAUGUAUCCAGAUUUUAACUAAUGUUUGUCUGUGUCGUCGUCGUCGUCUUUCUGCUACUGUGGAAGGGUGAGCAGGAUUCAGAAUUCUCAAUAAACUUCUAUUUUCUUUUCAUA